AUGAAUGUAAUAAUUCAUCCGUGUACUCAUCCGAAAGAUCGUCCACCACCAAAAAAUAAAGAUGAAAUGAUGAUAUUAACAUUUGAAUGUAUGGAUCGUUUAUUUUCAAUUGUUUGUCCACGUAAAUUGCUUUAUAUGGCUAUUGAUGGUGUUACACCACGAGCUAAAAUGAACCAACAGCGUUCCAGACGUUUUCGAGUAUCAAAAGAUACAAUUGAUAAAGCUGAACAAAUGGAAAAAAUUAAAAAUGAAAUACGGGCUAAUGAUGAUCUUUUACCUGAAGAUAAAAAUCAACAACAAAAAAGUGAACAUUUUGAUUCAAAUUGUAUUACACCAGGUACACCAUUUAUGUCAAAAUUAGCUGAUUAUCUUCGUUAUUAUAUAAGACAUCGAAUGAAUACAAAUCCAGCUUGGCGUUCAAUAGAAGUUAUUCUAUCAGAUGCCAAUGUACCUGGUGAAGGUGAACAUAAAAUAAUGGAUUAA